AUGGCGUUGGCCCAUGCCAUCCACACCCAAGAAAGAGGCCCCAACACCCAACCACCACCACGAACCCAGUCAGUCAGUGGUGCCAGUUCCAACACCACCAAGUUGGGUUACCAGCACACCUUCAGCUUUUUUUCGGGGGCUUCACAGAGUGACGCCAGAGACACAGCAUCUUGCAGAAUCGACAAUCAGCAACCUUGCGGUCUGAAGCAAUGUCACCCACCCCAAAGAGCUGCGACGAAUGACGACUCUUCGAAACCGAUGGCAUCAAAGACCAUCACAUCUAGACAGACGCCAAAAAAACAAUAG